GUAUUAUUUAAAAUUACUCACAAAUGAACAAAUUAUUUAAGAAUGAAUAUUAUUAUUAUUAUUAUUUAAUUUUAUAAAGAAAUAAAGAAUGUGUGAGGUUGCACUCGCACUUGCAGGCAGACGCAACAGUACGCUCAACAACUUUACUAAAAGCGACUGUAUAACUGCAACACUGCUCUGCACUCUGCACCCUCUCAUUACACACAUAUAUAUACAUACACUGUAUCUGUAUCUAUAUAUAUCUCUCUCUCCAUUUCUUCUCUAUUCCUUUUGGAGCGAAAGGGUGAAGGAAGAGAGCGAGUAAUAGGUCCGUUUCCUACGCAAUGAGUGGGUGGAAUUGAUUCACAAAGGUAUGGGCUUUUCCUAAAGAUACCCACCCCAGUCUCUACUAAUUUUGCUUCCUUUGCAAUCCAUCUGCGAAUUAAGUUUUCCGUAUUCCAUGUGAUUUUUGCUGCCUAAGGGUUUCCCCUUUCUGCUUUUAUAUAUCGGUUUAUUAUUGAGCUUGUUUCCAGGGUUUCGUUUCGAGAAAAUGUGGAGCUGCGCGGACUGUUGAGUAAGGAGAAUUAUACAUACAUAUACAUAUAUAUAUAUUUCGAUUUCCUUUUCAUCUCCAGGUUUGGGAACCGCCAGAUCUGAGCUGCAUUGCGCCGAAAACGAAAGUUUUUUGCUAUGGGAAAGUCUCCUGGAAGAUGGAUCAAGACAGUGCUGUUUGGGAAAAAGCAUUCGAAAUCUAGUUUAUCCAAGAAUGCCAAACAUGGUAAGAAGGAUGCUGCAAAGAUGCAGUCGGAGGACGUAUCUGGGAAUCCCCUCGUAAUAUCAAAUCCUCAUGUAAUUGCCGAUGAAGAUGCAGAAAAUUUGGAACUUGAGAACAGCAUUUCUUGUGGGACUGGUGUUUCAAUUCCUGUGAAUCAAGGUGUGGAAUCGCAAAGUGUUUCUGUCUUGCUUCCGAUAAGUGAUGCUGAAAGGAGAGCUGCUACAAAAGCGCAAGCAGCUUUUAGGGGAUACUUGGCUCGUCGUGCUUUCCGAGCUCUAAAGGGUAUCAUAAGGCUCCAAGCUCUUAUUCGUGGUCAUUUGGUUAGGCGACAGGCCGUCGCUACUUUGCACUGUAUGCGAGCAGUUGUUAAGCUUCAGGCAUUGGCACGCGGACGAAGGGUUAGACUCUCUGGUACGUGGCGCGGAAUACAUAAGAAGUGCGACACACUUCAGGGUGCUAAACAGGCCGAAGGUGGAAAAACAUUCGAAAAUCAAGCGGCAAAUGCAUACAUUCGUAAGCUUCUUUUGUCGAUGCCUACCGCUAUGCCCCUGAGUCUUCAAUACGAUCUGUUCGAACCAAAUUCAGCUUCGAACUGGCUCGACCGCUGGUCAUCGUCUCGUUUUUGGGAGCCACCUGCUCGUCCGAGAAAAGUUUCGAAUGCAAAGCCUCAGAGGAAGCAGGGCGAGACGCAAAUUUCCGAAAAUGAUUCGUGGAAGUCGAAGAGAACCAUCCGGAAGCCGCCUUCAGUUUCUGGAAACAUCGACAAUGGAGCUUUAGCUUCUUUCGAAACCGAGAAGGCCAAAAGGAACCCGAGGAAGGAGGCCGUUCAAGAACAACCCCAAAACGAACUCGAGAGGGUCAAGCGGAAUUUAAGGAAAGUUUCCGUUUCUACGACGACCAUUACUUCCGAAAGACCAGAAAUCGAACCUGAGAAGCCGCUACAAUCCACAGGCCUGAAAGGAAUCGUCGUUUCCACCGAACACCAAACCGAGUCGGACGUCGAAGCUCCUUUAAAGACGCUAACAAUCGAAGAUCCAAUCGAGACGCCGCACGAAGAUCAGUUUCACAACUCGGAAAACGGUGGCAAGACAGGCGACGUAACGGGCAACGGGGACGACAAGGACAAUCACAAAAUCCGUAAGCGAAGAUCGCUUCCCGCGAAGCAAGAGUACGUCGAAAACAUAUCGCAGAAUGCCCCAAACUUACCGAGCUACAUGGCGGCCACAGCAUCGGCGAAGGCGAAGCUUCGAGCCCAAGGAUCUGCUCGAUUCAGUGACGACGGCGGCGGCGGGGAGCAAGGUUACGUUCGUCGCCAUUCUCUCCCGGCCCCGACCAACGGGAAGUUAAGCACUAUGUCGCCUCGACUGCAGAAGCCUGUCCAAAGUAGCAACGGCAAAGGAAGUAAUAAAACCAACCGAUCGGCGCCAUCGACUAGAGACGAUAAGGUAGUGCAGAGGGGCUGGAGGAGGUAAUAACGAUGAGAAGAUUUGUAUAGCCAUAGAUGAAGAUGAAGAAGAAGAAGAAGAGGUAUGUAUUUGUUUGUCUGUUGGAUUAAUUAUAAUUGUUUUUAGUUAAAAGCCUGUGGGUUUAUUAUGGGUUGGUUUGGUUCGAUUAAAUACUGCUCUGUCAUGUUUUGUUUCUGCUUUCCUUUUUUUUUUUUUUUUUUUUUUUGUCCUUUUUAUUACAAACAAACGUUUUUGAAAAUGUUUUGAUGAGAACGAACCAUCGUGUUUUCUUGUGUCGGUAAGGGGGAUUUGUUUUCUGUA